AUGCCGCCAACAUUCUCCAAAGCCACGCCAAUCCAAGUCGAUACCGAUACCAUUCGAUGGUUGGAGACCGAAUGGGACAUCCCCGACGACAAACCCCCUCAACAACCCAAAGACUCUGGACCCGCGGCAGAUAUCGAAGCGCGGUUCAAGGAUAUGACACUUGCUUUUAAGGUGUCGUUGGCUUUGCUGGUGGGCGUUUUCUUGUGGUUUACGGGGUUGCACAUUGGUGGAUUAUACCUCUUCACGAGGGGAUUCUUGCUGAAUCGGAUCGUGUUGGAUAAUGUCUCUACGAUGGAUUCAUUGGCAUCAAUAGGAGGGAACGCAUAUGAUGGUGGGUGGCAUCCCAAGAUUUUUGACAAGGUCGUCAUUGUCGUCAUCGAUGCCCUUCGUUAUGAUUUCCUUACGCCCGUGGAGGGGAGUUCAGCGGCAUAUCAUAACGCAUUUACGUUACCACAUGAGUUGAGUUCUGCACACCCGGAAAACUCUCUGCUCUUCGAAUUCAUCGCCGACCCGCCCACGACCACUCUUCAGCGCCUAAAGGGGUUGACCACCGGCUCCUUACCUACCUUCAUCGACGCCGGAUCGAACUUUGCGGGUACGGCGAUUGAGGAAGAUAACCUCAUCCACCAACUCAAGGCACAAAACAGGACUAUCGCAUUUCUCGGAGACGAUACCUGGACUAGUCUUUUCCCCGGCGCAUUCGAUAUCUCACAUCCCUACGAUAGCUUCAACGUUUGGGACCUCCACACCGUCGACAAUGGCGUGAAAGAACACCUCUUCCCUCUCCUUGCGUCAGCAAACCAGUCAUCUUGGGAUGUCCUCAUCGCGCAUUUCCUCGGCGUCGACCACGCUGGACACAGGUACGGUCCAGACCACCCCGCCAUGACCGGAAAGCUGGGAGAGAUGAACGAGGUCCUCACCCGCGUCGUGGAGCAGAUUGCGGAUGAUACGCUUCUGGUAGUAUUUGGUGACCACGGGAUGGACGGUCGCGGUGAUCACGGUGGUGAUUCGUAUGAUGAAGUAAGUGCAGGUCUCUGGCUUUACUCCAAAGAACCACGAUUCGCACCCAUGUCGUCCGGACGGAGCAUCAGCCAAGUCGACCUCGUACCCACCCUCGCUCUCGCCUUGGGUUUACCGAUUCCGUACAACAACCUCGGCACACCCAUACCAGAAGUCUUCCUCGGUCUCGUAUCGGAUUACACAAAUCUUGCAUCGGUCACCAAGCUCGCCGCACACCAAGUUCAGCAAUAUGCUGCAACCUACGGCACAGACCUCGACCUCACCCUAGCCCAAUCAUUCCUCGACCUUGCAUCCAAAACAACGGAUGCGAAGGAGCAAGUGGAGUUUUAUGUGCAGUACCAGAAAGCUGUGUUAGAGGUGUGUCGACGCAUGUGGGCACAAUUCGACAUGAGUAAGAUGGUUACGGGUAUCGUGACGUUACUCGGGAGUUUGGGCGUGUUGGCGGGGUAUGUCCGCGGUACGUUUACACGGCAGAGCGGGCCCAUCGUUGUUGCUGCAACGGUGGGAAGUGGGGUUGGCUCGGUCGUGAUCAUGCUCGUGGGGAGAAUCUUGGGGUUGAGUGGGUUGAGUUGGGGUGAGCGUGCGGUGUUUGGGAGUGGAAUGGGUUCGAUGAUGGGGUAUGUUGGAAUGUCGGUACUCUCCACGCCACAGCUCGAGUGUAUCACCCCCCGAAAUGCCUGGGGCUGGCUCGCGGCGUUCUUGACAUUGACCCACGCCUCAAUCUUCGCCUCAAACUCUUUUACGGUGUGGGAAGACCGCGUCGUCCCAUACCUUCUCAGUACAUUCGGUUUCCUCGCCCUCCUCCACUCCUUCUCGAUCUCAGUCUCGGGCGAGAGGUGGUUAGGUGUGUACCAUUCCAUGGUAUUCAUGGGUCUCACGAGGAUCGCUGCCGGGAUUCGGGUGUGUAGGGAAGAGCAAAUGCCGAAUUGCGUCAGCACGUUUUACUCGGGACAGAAUACGACUGUGUCGAGUCUGUGGGCGUUGAUCGGGCUAGGAAUGGUGGCACUGUUGCUGCCGGGAUUGAUCAGGGCGUUUUUGCAUCAGACCAAGUCAUAUGAGGGCCCGGCGUCGAUGUUUAUCGGUGUUGGGCUGAGAAUGGGGUUAGCGUUGGUGACAGUGUAUUGGACGCUUGAUACGGCCGAUAAUGGGGAGUGGCUCGGUGAGGGCGUGGAGUCGCUUGGAGUUAAGUUGACUCUGGCGAAGAUUGUCCUUGGGUUGGCAGUCGUUGCGGGAAAUGUUGCGUGGGCAUGGGGACAGCAGCUGUGUAUCCGGGUGGAUGUGAGGAAGAGUGCUGCUGCUGCUGCGAGUGCUGAGAAUAAGGAUGGGGUUCAGGUGGCAAUUGUCGGGUAUGCCAAUGUAUUUGGGUCAUACUAUUUGCUGUUCCUCCUAAACGCUUUCUUGGCGAUUACACUGGUGUUGAAGCCGAUGGGUGGACUGUCCUUUGCGAUCUUGCUUUGGCAGUUGCUGACGUUGCUUGAGAUUCUUGACCUGAAUGGCAUCACGGAAUCGGCUAUUGGCCCGGUUGUUUUGGGCUUGUUGGCUCAUGCACAUUUCUUCUCGACUGGGCACCAGGGAACAUUACCCAGUAUCCAGUGGGAUACGGCCUUCAUCGCCGUGGAGAAGGUCGUUUACCCAAUUUCGCCGUUGCUGGUGAUUCUCAACACAUACGGCGCAUUCGUUCUCACCACCCUCGCAGUUCCUCUUCCCAUCCUCUGGAAGCGGAACCCGGAGACGUCACGGACGCUGCGAGACGUUGGUGGAGCAUGUGCUACUUACAUCCUCUACCACGCCACCGUGACACUCAGCGCAGUGAUCUUCGCUGGCUGGUUCAGGCGGCACUUAAUGGUAUGGAAGAUCUUCGCACCAAGAUUUAUGAUGGGUGCGUUAGGGUUGACGGUGGUGGACCUCAUGGUGGCUCUUGCCGCUGUUGGGUUUGGAGCAGGGAGUACGAUAAGCGCUGUUGCGGAGGUGUUUGGAUACCGAGCAUGA